UUGUUUACUUUUGCUCUUUCGCGCUACCACCACCCGCGCGCUACUACUGCGCUGCUGGCCCGCAAUUCAAGUGCGUUUUUUCGGACCAGCGCCGUCCGCGUCACACAGUGCUCUAUAACCGGCGCGGCGGCUUAGCACCACUAGAUAGGCGCGUUAGCGCAGACACCUCUACUCUACGCCUCCGGUUUCGCGCGCCGAAGAGGGAGACUCGGAGACGGAAAAAAAAGGUACAGCUCCUCCUGCAGAGGGAGAAUGCAUCUGUCUGACCAGAAGGACGCUGGUCUGACGUUAUCGUGAGUUCAACUAGCACUGUGCGCUUUUGAUUGUCCGUGUGUGCAAGUGGGUGAGGUAUACUCGGACAUCUCGGUGAGCGGGUCAGUUGUGUUUGGUAGAGCAUCGCCUAUCGCUUCGUCGUCACUGCUCGCCAAGUUCAUCUGUCGGCUGCUACCGUGGCCGCGCUGUGUCUGCCGUAUUCGUCAAGCACGCUUCUCCGCUGUGUCCACACAACUUGAUCGCGAAGGCGAUCGCCGAGGAAGAUGUUGAGGUGGUUCCGCGAGGGACCGCCCGAACUGGAAGCAGAAUCUGCGGCCAUCGAAGAUGUGCUGCAGUGCCUGUCUCGGGGAAUGCGCCUGUACAAGGUGCGCUCCGCCAAGAAGACUUACCGGCGCUGCUACCAGCUUCUCCUGGAGAACAUGCACCUCGUGUACAGAAACUCCAGGAAGCCUUCCUUCUUCGCUAGGAAUCCCCACGUGGACAUCUUCGAGGUCGAGGAGGUGCGCAAGGGCUGGAAGACGGACGUGUUCAACGACGUCGAGCGCAAGUACCGCCGCGGCGCGCGCUCGCACUACCUGCCUUUCGGCGGCGCCGACAUGAGCGAGGACCGCUGCUUCUCGCUCAUCCUGUCGCCCAAGCACGAGACGCUCGACCUGGUCGCGCGGACCCCGAACGAGUGCGACCUGUGGGUGCGCGGCCUGCGCCACCUGGUGGCGAACUGCAAGAACACGCGCAGGGACCAGGAGUAUGAGAGGUGGCUGCGGGACCAGUUUCAGAAAGCUGAUGUCAACAAGAGCGGUGCUCUGAACUUCCAAGAGUGUCAAGGCCUCCUCAAACAGCUCAACAUCACCAUGGACAAACGUCACUGCCGGGCUCUCUUCAACGCUGCCAAUUUCAAGAAGCACAAAGUAAGCGGAGAAGAUGUGCUGGACCGAGAAGAGUUCAUAAGCUUCUACCACAGCCUCCUGUCACGACCUGACAUUGAUGCCAUCUUUAAAACGUAUGCCGGCCACACCAUGAAUGUGAUGGGUCCUGACCAGCUGCACAAGUUCCUAACCCAGGAACAGAAGAUGAAUGUGUCCUUGGCCGACUGCAAGAGGAUCAUUGAAAACUAUGAAGUAGACAAGUACAAGCCCCAAGGCUAUCUUGGAAUUUCAGGUUUUCGUGAGAUGCUUCUUUCAGAAGAACAUGACAUAUUUGACGCCAAGCACCGGAAGGUUUGCCAGGAUAUGAACCAACCACUGAACCACUACUACAUAGCAUCGUCCCACAACACGUAUUUAGUUCAGGGACAGCUUGUUGGCAGCAGUAGCGUCGAGGGCUACAUCAGGGCACUGAAGAAAGGAUGCCGCUGCCUGGAGCUCGACGUCUGGGAUGGGCCUGACAAUGACCCAAUUGUUUACCAUGGUUACACUCUCACGACCAAGAUACUCUUCCGUGACGUCCUUGAGUCGGUAAAGCAGUAUGCCUUCAAAGAGUCGCAGUACCCUGUGAUCUUGUCUCUUGAGAACCACUGCACUCUUGAGCAGCAGAAAGUGAUGGCCAAACACCUAGUCGAAAUGCUGGGCCCUUUAUUGUACAAGAAGCAGAUCGAUGAAAGAGAAACGGCAAUGCCACCACCUUCAGCACUGCUGAAUAAAAUCCUCAUUAAGGGCAAGAAGUUAAACAAAGACCUCUCCUUGGAUCAGGAUGAGGAUAGCGAGGAUGAAGGCACUGCUGCCAAACCCACGCACAAAAGUGUCUUGGCUGAAGAGCUAUCGGACUGUGUCAACUAUUGCAAGGCAACACAUUUCAAGUCAUUCGAAGAGGCUGAGAAAUGGCACUUCAAUGAAAUGGCCUCCUUCAGCGAAGUGAAGGCCAGCAAGAUCUCAUCGACUCCAGAGGGUGCCCAGAGUUUAAUUCGCCACAAUAGCAAGCACCUGUCCAGGAUAUAUCCCAAGGGAACCAGGACAGACUCAAGCAACUACGACCCUGUGAAAUUCUGGAACGUUGGCUGCCAGAUUGUGGCACUGAACUACCAGAGCUGGGACCAGAAGAUGUUCUUGAAUGAAGCGAAAUUUUCCCUGAAUGGCCACUGCGGCUAUGUGCUGAUGCCAGAGUUCCUCCGCAAAGGAAACUUCAGGAUGGAUUCUCCUGACCCAUCUCUCAAAAAGACACUCGUUCUGAGGAUACUCAGUGGCCAGCAGCUUCCCAAGCCCCUUGAGACCACGGGCGGUGAAAUUGUGGACCCUUACGUCGUCGUAAAAGUAUUUGGACAUCCACGUGACAAUCAGAAGGUCAAGACAAGGUUCGUCAGGAACAAUGGCUUCAACCCAACGUGGGAGGAAAAAUUUGAGCUGCCCGUGCACGUCCCUGAGCUGGCCAUUUUGGUGUUCACGGUCAAGGAUGAGAGCCGUACAGGCAAGAACAUGAAGCUGGCCAAGUUUGCAAUCCCCCUGGAUGCAGUACGGGAGGGUUAUCGGCAUGUGCGGCUCUGCAACAACGCUUUCAUCUCUCUGGUGCCAGCGAGCAUAUUUGUGCACGUCAGCUUCCGCAAGCCCUGAUUGCACACAUCGUGAACUGCCACUGAGAAGUGCAUGCCUCUCGGGGCACUUUUCGUGCUUUCUAAGCCUUGGCAUUUAAAGUGUGCCUCAUUAUGACUCCAUUAUGCAACUACCCAACGUGUUUGUGUUGCACGUGGUAGUGUUUCUUUUCUUCUGUGCUAACCAACAUUUCCCACACAGCCGGUUGCAUGUUUUUCUUACUAUAGUUUGAUCAUGCACUCAUUUGUUCACCAAUAUGCUGCCUUUUACAGAUGAUGAGAUCGCAAAGGUUUACUUCACUGCACUUGAGAAGUUAUGGUAAAAUGGGAAGCAACAUAUUUUGUCAGAAGUUUUGAGGACAUGAUGCGCAUAUUUGGGCCUGUUGCCUAACCUAUUGUUCUGUAACUUUUGUACAGGCCAGGACACUGCAGGUGUCGUGACACAAUGCCCUCAGGCAGCUCGCUUAUGCACAGAGAUUUUGGAAAGUUUGCGCAUACCAUGAGUGCUGUUCAAGACAAUGUUUUUGUUGAAGGCCGUAGAAUGUCUGAGGUGCAAAUGUCCUUUGCAAGAACUUAUGUUCACCUUGAGCAGCCUUUUUAUUGACUUUCCAGUUAUUACCAGCUGAGCUGAUUUGCGAAUUAGAUGCCAAAGUCAUACUGACGAUGCCAUGACAGUUAUUUGCUAUCUACAAUGACUGAUAAUGACUGCUUCAGCUACUCAUGCAGGCAAGGGCUUAAAUGAAGCUUAAGCAUUAGGGAAACCUAUAUUUGAUCCAAACAACUUCACAAGUUGGAAUUUUCUGCAGUCAAUAUUUAACCAAGAGUGGGCUAGUAUACCCGAGCCAGGCAAAUUAGUGAGAAUAUAAACUGGUUGAGAUCGAGGCCAUACUGAUUGUGGAGAUUAAAGAGGCUCGCAAUAUCACCGAGUCAUUUUGUAUACUUAUUGAUACUUGGCUUGUUACAUUAAAGAAUUUUCAAAGCAGCUUUUCACCGACAGGUGGAAUUUAGAAGGUCAGGUCUUCUUUGGAGACUUCAGAUCAAUUUUGCAUUCUUGGGAUCUGUGUAUGUGGCCACUUUCAUCUCGUCAAAUUAGACUGUUCAGGAUUUCUAUUGCAGAGAGGACAAUGAAAAAGCCGUUUAAAUGAAGCCUGAAAAGAAGACGCAUCAACUUAGUGCUUAGCUGUGUACAGAGCAGUAAUAAUGAGUAAUUUGCUCAAAAAGGCUAACAUACAGCCCAGAUGCGCUCAUUUAAACUGAACAUGCCUAAGGCUGGACCGAGUCUGGCGCUACUGAACGAAAAAUAUGGGUCGAUCCUGCAGUCUGAAAAUGCAGGCCAAUAUCGCAGAUACUGCAGUCUAAGCAACAAGCAACAUGGUGCACUAAUGCACCCAAAAAGACUUUAUUUGAUGUUAGCCGCUGUUGACUCGCCUCUUGUUGUGACUGAUUCAUGCAUAAAUUUUGUUGUUUCCGACCGUGGUAUAUAUAUUGGCAGAGGCACAAGAUCACUGAAAACUGCAUGCUGCAUACAAAGUGGUCCCAUAAAGCAAAUACGGCACUUUUUUUUUUUUGCUUUUCAUUGGUGCGCCUUUUUAUGACAGCAACAUUUGGUGAUGUAGCAUUGUUGGUGCCUUUUACCUCACAAAUUUAUUGUAUUCACUGUGCCUUUGCACUGCCCAUAUAUGCUUCAGCUAACAAAUCGUCAAGGUGAUGUGAAUAUGUUUACAAGGGAAUAUAUUUUGCUACAACCUCUUUGUAAGCGCCACCCGUUUUGUCAUGCGUGAUGACAUAUUCUGAUAUCAGCACUGCUGGCUUUCCAAUGGAUUUUGCUGAGUUUUUUAUACAAGCCAUGAGGUAAAAAAAAUUACAAGACGUGUGUUCUGCAAAAAAUUUUGAGUAUCAUGCAGUUUGGCCAUGCAGCCUGUCAAAGGGUGCACCAGGUGCACUGAAAAUAUGCAGUGCCACAAACAGCAAUCCUGAAUUUGAGGCUGUGCAGAAAAUGACAACAUUUGCUGACUAUAUAGUUUGUAGCCAUUUGGCACUGAUAGAACCUACACAUCCAAAUACAUAGUUGCUUAUGCAAGAGCUACACUGGAACGAGCCUCGAGUUGGGCUUGUCAAGGUAGCAUACUCCUCCACUAGUUACAGCGGAGGGCAUGUUGCAAUGGGGGCACAUAGUCUUAAAUUUAUAUCCAUCAUGUAAACAUGUUCUUUUGAUUGUACAUGUUCUGCCUAUUAAAGCAAUGCAGCUUAAAACUUUCUUUACAAAGAAUAAGCAGGACAUUAUACACAGGUGGACUGGCUUUUUUUUUCUCUUUAUAUGGGUCUUGCAAUGGGUUUGGGGAGUGGGUGUCCCAAUGACAUUGUAACUGUCACAAUCAAUGUGUACACCUUAACGGUUAUGUGGCAGAAUAGCCAUCGGCACUCAUCAUGCGGUCUCGCUCGGGACUGACCGAGACCAGCGCUGCUUAGCAAAAUGUCAGUUGGAGCAGUGGACUAGUCUUAAAAACAUCUCCAAGUAUAUACAUCAUGAUUAAAUGCAAGUUCUUCAGCAGGUGAAUACAAUGAAUCAUGGUAGCAGCUAAGGAAAGACUGCGAAACUUCGGUCUCCUGCUUUAACAUUGCACAAUGUCUAUCUAUUUCACAGCACUUGUUCAUUUACACUGCCCCCCCCCCCCCCCCCCCGCCCCCCAGCUCGUGUAUUGCAAUGUGUGUUGUCAAUGUGAAGCGUCCUUCGCUUGAGCUGUAUAAUGGACUUGUCUGCGUCACUAUGUGCCAAAAAGUUGUUUGUAAUGUUGUACAUUAUUUUGUUAUGUCCUUCUGGCUACCUCAGUAUCAACCAGAUAUUAUAUGUACAUUUUCUGUCUUUGUUAUCACAUAAUGAUGGUUUUUCACGCCAUGUGGAAAGCUGUUACUGGCACCAUUCUUCCCGCAGACUCUGUCGCUCUGAGCUUUUAUUCACAUACAAAAACGCCGUUGGUUGACUUCGUCUUUUGCUAGUUUUGGCUAAUGAUUGCACAUUGUUGUGCUCAAAAGAUGCGCGGUGCAUCUUAAGUUGCCUAGUGUGCACUUAAUAUGAGUUAUGUGCUUUUAUGAGUAUAGUUUAGAAGUGUUAUUGUUCUUAUUGCUACAAAUCAAGAACACAUAGUACACAGUACUCAGUGCAGUCUCAAUUUUUCUCUCAACAUUUCACUGCCUCAAUGAUUGAAUAUUCCACAAAACAUCUAUAUUUUUAUGUUUAUUGCUGCAUCCCCAAACACUGUUUUCCAAAUGAAAAUAAACAUGUAAUAUACUUUGCCUAUUUUGCACCCUUUUUUUUUCUUACAGGGAUAAAGUUAUUGUGUGACUGAAGAAAACUUGUUGCUGCACCAUUUUACAAUCGCGAUGCAUAUAAUGAAGAUGUGUUUCUCUGGUUUGAUUAUGGUUGUGCCGUGGUUUUUACAUAAUUACAAUACUGAAUAAAAAUGAGUGAACAGAUGUUUGGUAUGCUGCUUAUAUGUUGUUUGAGAUAAUUUUUAAUUGUGAAAGCUUGCAUUCUAAGACAAACAUGACAGUGUGACCACACAUCAUGAAUAAAAUGGGCCGACAUUGAACUGUG